AUGGCACCAGCCUCAGGUUCGCAUGUCGACUCCAAUGCCUCGAGACAAGGCAUACGAUCGCCGCCAAAUUCAGCGGCUCACAUAUCGCAUCUCCGCCUCGCUACCGACGGAAGCUCGCCGAAAGACUCGUUUCCCGCGGCCCAGCAGCUGGCCCAGUCAAUCUCGUCCACCGAAACGCUUGAAGCUGCCGUCACGGAAGGAGCGCAGCUGGAAGAAGCCCCGAAUCUCCUCGACUCAGCCCAGUCCACUGAGCACGCGCCAGUCUCAAUCCUCGAAGCGGCCACGAAAAUUGCUUGCGACAAAACGGCUGCCCACAGCGCCAAGCUGGCAGUCUUACGGGUCUUUAGCGAAUCAUUCGAACAAGCAGCAAAGCAGUUCACGUCUGUUCAGACGCUUCUCAACAAGGGUGCCGACGUCAACGCCCAGGGCGGGCGAUACGGCAAUGCUCUCCAAGCUGCGUCAACUCAAGGACAUGAGAAGGUGGUCCAGACGCUGCUCGACAAAGGUGCUGAUGUCAACAUCCAGGGCGGAGAGGACGGCAAUGCUCUUCAGGCUGCUUCCCUUGAAGGACACGAGAAGGUGGUCCAGAUGCUGCUCGAGAAGGGUGCCGACGUCAACUCUCAGAGUGAAAGGCACGGCAAUGCUUUUCAGGCUGCCUUAUGUGGAGGACACGAGAAGGUUGCUCAGAUGCUGCUCGAGAAUGGUGCCGACGUCAAUGCCCAAGGCGGAGAGUACGGAGCCGACGUCAACGCUAAGGAUGGCAAUGCUCUGCGCUGCUUCAUAUGGGGGCACGAGAAGGUGGUCCAGAUGCUGCUCGAGAAUGGUGCCAACGUCAACACUCAGAGUGAAAGGUACGGCAAUGCUCUGGGCUGCUUCACUUAA